AUGCCCCUGUCGCCCCGCACCGCACUCCUUUGGGACUUGGUCCAGGGAAUCCUUGGCACUGCUGCCUUCCUGCUCGACCUAGGCGCCGACCUGUGGAUGGUGGGUCAGUACUUGCUCAGCGGCCACUACCUGUGGGCAGCGCUGGUGCUGGCACUGCUAGGCUUCGCUUCCGCCGCGCUGCAACUCUUCAGUUGGGUCUGGUUGCGCGCCGACCCCGACGGCCUGCACAGGUCUCAGCCUUCCGGCCGCUGUCUGGCGCUGCUGCAUCUCCUACAGCUGGGUUAUCUGUACAGGUGUAUUCAGGGCCUUCAGCAGGGCCUGUUGGUGUGGCAGCAGGAGGUGCCCUCUGCUUUUGACUUGGCCUAUUCUGACUUCCUCUCCCUGGACAUCAGCAUGCUGAGGCUGUUUGAGACCUUCUUGGAGUCGACCCCGCAGCUGACGCUGAUACUGGCCAUUGUGCUACAGAGUGGCGAGGUUGAGUGCUACCAGGUGGUUGGCAUCUGUACAUCCUUCCUGGCCAUCUCGUGGGCGCUGCUUGACUACCACCGGGCCUUGCGAACCUGCCUGCCUUCUAAGCCCCUCUUGGGACUGGGCUCCUCUGUGAUCUACUUCUUGUGGAACCUGUUGCUGCUGUGGCCCCGAGUCCUGGUUGUGGCUCUAUUCUCAGCCCUCUUCCCCCGCUAUGUGGCCCUGCACUUCCUGGGCUUGUGGCUGGUGCUGCUACUCUGGGUCUGGCUCCAGGGCACAGACUUUAUGCCAGACUCUGCCUCUGAGUGGCUCUACCGGGCAACAGUGGCCACCAUCCUCUAUUUCUCCUGGUUCAAUGUGGCUGAGGGGCACACGCGAGGCCGGGCUACCAUUCACCUGGUGUUCCUCCUGAGUGACAGUGGUCUCCUGGUGGCCACUUGGUUGACUCAGAGCACCUGGCUGCCUAGUGGAAUCCCACUGCAGAUGUUGCUGUAUGCAGGUGCUUCCAGCUUCCUUUUGGGCCUGUGUCUGCGGCUUGUCUACUACCACUGGCUGCACCCUAGCUGCCAUUGGGAGCCUGACCAGGUAGACGGAGCCCGGGGCCUCUUUUCCCUCAAGAGCUGCCAGCUGCCUCAGAAUGGGCGCUUGACAGGAUUGGCUCAGAACUUUUUCUCAAAGCCUAAAGAUGAAAUGGCUUCCUUAAUGAAGAGAGAGGUAAAUGGGGUCUUUUGA